GAGUUAAAUAGCUUCUUGUUUUUAUUGACAUCAAAAUGGCGACUGGUGGUGAAUCCCCGGAACCCUGGUAUCUCGCACUUCUCGGUUUUGCUGAGCAUUUCCGUACUUCAAGUCCACCAAAAAUACGACUUUGUGUACACUGUCUACAAGCCGUUUUCCAGUUUAAACCUCCUCCGCGGAUUGAAGCAAGAACACAUCUUCAGCUCGGUUCUGUUCUCUACCAUCACACGAAGAACACUGAGCUUGCCCGGAGUCACCUGGAGAAAGCGUGGUACAUAUCUCAACCAGUUGCACAAUUUGAAGAUGUCAAAUUUGAAGCGGCAAGUCUUCUUUCAGAACUGUACUGCCAACAGAAUCUGGUGGACUCUGCAAAGCCCCUCCUGAGAAAAGCCAUUCAGAUCUCCCAGCAGACCCCUUACUGGCACUGUCGUCUGCUGUUUCAAUUGGCGCAACUCCACACACUGGAGAAAGACCUGGUGUCCGCAUGUGACCUGUUGGGUGUAGGGGCAGAAUAUGCAAGAGUGGUUGGAUCAGAAUACACCAGAGCUCUUUUUCUCCUGAGCAAAGGAAUGGUAAGUGGAUUUCCCCCAAGCGAAAUUAGUCUCCUGCUGAUGGAGCGUAAAUUGCAGGAGGUGCACCCUCUGCUCACACUGUGUGGGCAGAUAGUGGAGAACUGGCAGGGAAACCCCAUACAGAAAGAGUCUCUGCGAGUCUUCUUCCUCGUGCUGCAAGUCACACAUUACCUGGACGCCGGACAGGUGAAGAGUGUGAAGCCAUGUCUGAAACAACUGCAGCAGUGUAUCCAGACUAUCUCAACGCUCCACGAUGAUGAGAUCCUACCCAGCAACCCCGCUGAUCUUUUCCACUGGUUGCCCAAAGAGCACAUGUGUGUGCUGGUCUACCUGGUCACAGUCAUGCAUUCCAUGCAGGCUGGAUAUUUGGAGAAAGCGCAAAAAUACACAGACAAAGCCCUCAUGCAGCUGGAAAAACUGAAGAUGCUUGACUCCAGCCCCAUCCUCUCCUCCUUCCAAGUCAUACUCCUGGAACACAUCAUCAUGUGUCGACUGGUCACUGGACACAAAGCAACAGCUCUUCAAGAGAUCUCCCAGAUUUGCCAGCUGUGCCAACAGUCCCCGCGGUUAUUUUCCAACCAUGCCGCCCAGCUUCACACUCUACUUGGCCUGUACUGCAUCUCUGUGAACUGCAUGGACAACGCUGAGGCUCAGUUCACCACUGCUCUCCGGCUCACCACCCACCAGGAGCUGUGGACUUUCAUUGUGACUAAUUUGGCCAGUGUCUAUAUCCGUGAGGGGAACAGACACCAGGAGCUCUACAGUCUCCUGGAAAGGAUCAAUCCAGAUCACAACUUUCCUGUGAGCUCACACUGUCUUCGAGCUGCCGCCUUUUACAUUCGAGGCCUCCUGUCCUUUUUCCAAGGGCGUUACAAUGAAGCCAAGAGAUUCUUGCGGGAGACUUUGAAGAUGUCAAAUGCCGAGGACUUGAACAGAUUGACUGCAUGUUCCCUGGUACUGCUGGGUCAUAUAUUCUAUGUCCUUGGAAACCACCGGGAAAGCAACAAUAUGGUGGUGCCUGCCAUGCAGUUGGCAAGCAAGAUCCCAGACAUGUCUGUUCAGCUGUGGUCCUCUGCGCUUCUCAAAGAUUUGAACAAGGCUUGUGGGAACACGAUAGAUGCACACGAGGCAGCUCAGAUGCACCAGAACUUCUCGCAGCAGCUGCUGCAGGACCACAUUGCUGCCUGCAGCCUCCCUGAGCACAACCUCAUCAGUUGGACUGAUGGACCACCCCCGGGGCAGUUUCAGGCCCAGAACGGCCCCACCACCAGCCUUGCCAGCCUGCUGUAGUGAGUGUGAAGGUGAUUCUCUGGAAGCACCAUGGGAAGCUCAACAUCCUCUGUUGGGCUUCAUCUCUUCUUCCGUGGGCUGUGUCCAGUCUGUCCUCCUGUAGGAUGUGGCUCUCCGUGGACAGCUUAUGGCUUCUGUCCUCGUAAAUAAUUUAUUUAUUCAUUCAUGUGUAUUUUUAUAAGUGUGAAAACUCUACACCACAGUUUUCUUUCUGUCAGUAACCUAUUGCUAUAUGCUAUAUGCAUGGAUACAGUGGCGUUUAGUAUCUCAAUUUCCUAAAACACAUAAAUUACCAUAACACAGCUAAAGCAGAUGAAAUGACUUAUAUAAUGAUCACCUUUUGGGAAGAUGGUAUCUUGAACUUGAGAGGUACAGAUUUUCUACAUAAGUUGGUGUCAAUGACGGGACAGGAUAGCAAUACUAUUGUAGCGCUUUCUGAAGCAUCUUUGGUUUCUACAAUACAGAGGUAUGUGUGUCUGUACGCAUUGCCUUGCCUUGCCACUGCAAAUUUGAUCAUCAUUUUUUAUCAUGAUUUUACUUCCUACCUUUUAGAUUUAUUUUCUAUACCCAUUUCAACUUUUUAAUAUGCCAACUUAACUAACCUACUACAGCAAUGCAUGCAGUAUGCUGGAGGAAUUAUUUUUUUUUCUUUUUUUUCUGAAUACUGUCCAUGGGACAUCUGAAUUGGUCUACCUCAAUUUUUACCCUCUCUUUCUUAGUACAGAGGAUUACCCCCCCCCCCCCCCCAUCAGGCUGUGUGACUUAAUUAGGCACUGGUCAACACCAUACAUAUGUAAUAACGCCAUUGAUUGCUUCAGCCAGUAUCCAUAUCAUAAUUGCUGGGCUUUUCAAAAAUGUGAAAUUUUAAAUAUAGAGACUAAGGCAGAUUGGGACUUUGUGUUGUUUCAAAAUAAAUUUUUAAACAUGUCACUUUAAAUGAUAA